AUGGUACGACCGCAAAGUCGACCGCGAGGCUGCCGCGCGCGGUGUAAAACUGCCUCGCGCGGUGAAGAGCGAAUAUCCCGGAGGCGUGGACCUCCUGAUGAUGAACAACAAGGAAAUCGAAGAACACAUUCUUGGUCAGCAACCCGUCCCCUAGGUCGCAGCGACACAUUGCUUACUACGGUUGCAGGUUAUCGUUUGUCUUCGUGGGCUCAAGAAUAUGGCUGGACAUUCAAUUUCCGCCUGCUCUUCCAGAAUAGGAUCUUCACCGCCGAGCCUGAGUACAUCAAGAGGAUUCUCGCUACAGAUUUCCAGGGCUAUGAAAAGGGUCCUGUACCCCGCUUCCAGAUGAAGUCACUGUUGGGUUCUGGAGUAUUCAAUGCGGAUGGCGACCUCUGGAAGUUCCACCGCGCGAUGACCCGCCCGUUCUUUAGCCGUGAUCGCAUCUCGCACUUUGAUGUCUUCGACAGACACGCAGAAGAGGCCUUGAACCACGCGAAGGCUCGGGUGUCGGAGGGCGUCCCCUUCGACUGGCAGGAUCUCGUCUCACGCUUCACGCUCGACUCUGCAACCGAGUUUCUCUUCGGCAAGGACGUGCGCUCGCUCUCUGCCCCACUCCCCUAUCCGCCAACGUCCCCGCAGGCCCAGCACGACACCAGCGCCUCGCAUCCUGCGAAUCGCUUCGCGCGCGCCUUCCUCGAGGCCCAGCUCGCAUCGGCGAAGCGCUCGCGCUACACCACCGCGUGGCCGCUGUGGGAGUUCUGGAAGAGCAAAGUCGACGGACACAUCGAGGUCAUGGAGGAGUUUAUACAGCCGUUACUCCACGACGCGCUGGCUAGGAAGGCUGAGUCUCCCGAGUUGAAGGUCGAGGAGGCCGUAGAGGAUGACGCGACGCUACUCGAACAUCUCGUCAAACUCACUGACGAUCCGCAGAUCAUCAGAGACGAGACAGUUAAUAUCCUGCUUGCUGGACGCGAUACGACUGCCUCCACACUUACCAUGGCCGGAUACAUGCUUGCGGAACACCCAGACAUCCUACAGCGCCUGCGCAAGGAGAUCCUUGACAUUGUCGGCACCCGGCGGCCCACAUAUGACGAUAUCCGUGAUAUGAAGUACCUGCGUGCGUUCAUCAAUGGUAAGCUCUGCCGUCUUGCGCAUGUACCCACCUGUGUAAGUCCGCAAUCUAUUGGCCUUCACGACCAUGCUGACACACCUCUUUGCAGCCCCUUCAAUGUCCGCCAUAGCGCCGCACCCACGGUCUGGCCGUCGCCCGAAGGUGACCACUACAUCCCCGGGAGCACCAGGUGCUUGUACUCUGUGUUCGUCAUGCAGCGCCGCAAGGACUUGUGGGGCCCAGAUGCCGACAAGUUCGACCCAGACCGUUUCCUGGACGAGCGCCUUGGGAAGUACUUGACGCCGAAUCCGUUCAUCUUCCUGCCGUUCAAUGCUGGUCCGCGUAUCUGCCUGGGACAACAAUUCGCGUACAACGAGGUUUCGUUCAUGCUUAUCCGCUUGCUGCAACAUGUGUCGAACAUCGAGCUCCGUCUGGACGCGAGUCCGAAGUCGGCUGCUCCCCCGGGCUGGGGCGUUUCGCCAAUCUCGGAUGGCCAAGACAAGGUGAUCUUUAAGUCGCAUUUGACGAUGUACGUGGUGGGCGGCCUGUGGGUUACCAUGCGGUUCAAGGACCCCGAAGAUCAUUGA